AUGAAAAGAAAAGGUCAGAAAGCAUCUUUGAAGAUCUUCUUGAAGUGGAAAUAUUUGGACAAAGAACUUUUUCCAACGACAUUGUCAUUAAUGAUCUCGAUUAAUUUUAAAGCUUUUGAAGCAGAAACUAUGUUGAAAGUCAUUAUCCCUGCGGGGGCGUUACAAAAGCAAUUCGCUUGGCAGCCACUAACAAAACAUCAAACUACAAAAGCAAGAGAGCGAAGAAAGAAGAAAGCAUGGAAACGAGCACAAAACAGUCGCGCAUAA